AUGACCAUCGCGGUCGUGACAACCUCGACAAUUGAACCAAAGCGCCGCGACCCGGCGAUCACACUCGGAAUGGCGGCGACACAAGCGCAUUCGCGCUCCGGGGGUGCGUCUGCUGGAUCAGGCAGGAGUGGAAUGGAGCAAAGAGGUACGCGAUUGAGCGCGAAUAAGCAGGGACUCGAGAAGCCUUCCAAGAGCGAGGCGAAACGCAAGGCGGAUUACGAUGAGGAUGCGGACGGAUUUCAAUUCUCAAUUCUCCCAUCGAAGAAAGCAAAGCCAACGACGGGAGUGCCAGCUGCGCAGAUUGCGCGUUUAGAAGUGGAGGAUUCCACUCCAAAGCCCUCGCCGCGAAGAGGACGACCACCUAAGAAACGACCGGGGGACGGCGCAGAAGGGAACGGAGCAUCAGCAAAAGACCAACCGCCGAACGAUCGGCCAUCAAAGCGGCCGACAAGAGCAUCCCUGAGAUCAUCAGAUGUGGGGUCAGAAUCGCAUUCUGAAGCCACGACGCAUUCACAUCGAAAUCGCGAACGCGGGCAGGAGCCCACGUCUGAGACAAAGAAGAAGAGGGGAAGACCGGCAAAGACGAAACCGAAAGAUACAAAUGGGUAUCAUUCUCCCGAACAACCACCCGCCGGAAUCAAGGUCGCCUUGCCAACGGCAGAUACGCCCGUCAUCCAAAGGAAUAAGGAGUUCCGAGGCGCGAAAUCAAAAGGCGGACGUCGAAGUAGCUUACAAAUGCGGGGACGAAGAGCCAGUGAUUUGAUAGAUUCGGGAACCUCAAAUGCUUUGCCUCAUCGAGAAGUCAGCACGGCGGACUUCUACAAGCAUAUUGCGGAUGAAGGUCUUCCAGAGCCCAGGCGGAUGCGGCAGCUGCUCAUUUGGUGUGCAACGCGCGCGUUAUUAAGUAAACCAUCCGGAUCGCGCUCAGAGGAUGUCAGCGCCCGCUUAGCCGCUCGCGCCAUUCAAGAGGAGAUUUUGAAGGAAUUCUCAUCUAAUUCGGAUCUAUCCAACUGGUUCAGCCGUGAGGAAGUGGGCCCUGCGAAGGUGGUUGUGAAGAAGCCUAAUCCGAGGAACGUGCAAAAUAUCGAGAAGAUCAAGGAGCUAGAAGAGCAAAUACAAAAGCUUCAACGAGAGAGGCAUGCUCUCAACGCCCUUCUCAAGCAGCCAGCACUCCCGCGUAUCGAUCUCAACUCCCCUGCAAAAUCACCCAAGAAACCGGCCGGGUCCAAACGUCAACUCAACCCCGGUCCUGACAUCAACAUCUCCCUUCUCGACUCAACCCAGCAAGCUCUUUGCUCCACCCUUUAUCCACCCUCAGCCCCCGAAUCCUCCAAUUCCUCACAAACCGAGUCACAGAAGAGUGCAUCUUCUUCAACACAACCACCGGUGACACCAUCUGCCGUUUCAGCCCGUCUUUCCAGGAUCACGACCGGUCUUGCGCCGACACUUGAUCACUUGGCGGCUGGGAUCCAUGACAUUGAACUAUAUCGCUCCACAGCGGAUGCUGUAUCCUCCCGAGUAUUACGCAUAUGCGCGCGGCGUCUUGAGGAACGAGACGCCCACAAUACGCAGCAACGGCUUGCGAUCGAGGGCGAAGACAGUGAAGAAAUCCGGACGAGUGCACCAUGGACGGGAGGACGCGAGAGUCUAGGCCUAAUACUUGGCGCUCUUAGUCGAUUAGAACGGCGCUAG